AUGGAUGACAUCUUAGCUCAAGUGCUCAAUGGGUGCAAGCUCGCCGGAGAGCUCGAAGGCUGCCUCGCAACUCUAGCAAACCAACCCCAACUUCUCUUGAGCUCUUGUGAGAAAGUUGUAGAUACAUUCAAUAAAGUUAUCUAUAGCCUUAGCCUUCAAACAUCUCAACACUUGGUUCUUGGAGAGCCACUUCAUGGUGGACCACGCUUGGGCUUAACAAUGGGAGAAGGUUCAAGUAGUCAUGGAUUCAUGCAACCAUGCAUGGACGUCAUGAAUCAAGAGAAUGAAAUUGGAGGCUUAGGAAUAGGAGGAGGGAGCUCAAGAAGUAUGGGCAUGAUAGAGUUUGGUUUUAGUCAAAGUGUGGAAGAUGUUGAUGUGUUUGGCCGGAGAGGAGAAGCUCCGGUCACCGGCGGGAGGAUAUCAGAUGAACCAUCGUCCUCUCACAAGCCAUCAUCUCGCAAGAGGAAAGAUGGUGCAGGAGCGCGCACAAUGCGUGUGGCAGCACCGCGUAUAGGAAAUACAGAGAUCCCACCUGACGAUGGGUACACAUGGCGGAAGUACGGUCAAAAAGAUAUUCUUGGCUCCAAGUUUCCAAGGAGCUAUUACCGUUGCACACACAAGAAUUAUUAUGGUUGUGAAGCAAAGAAAAAAGUGCAAAGAUUAAAUGAAGAUCCAUACACAUAUGAAGUGAGCUACUGUGGUGAGCACACCUGCCAAACCUCCACCUCUCCUCUCGUUAUCUCUUCUCUACCUCCUCCUCCGGUCACCGGAGCCACCCUAACUCCUGCAACCUCUCUAUCAACUUCUAUCAACUUGGGAAGUUGGUUUUCAAGAGAAGUUGACAGUGGCCGAGUUCCGGCAGCUCUGCCUUCUUCUGAAACUCCGGCCGGCAGGGACGGAGAUUAUCCGGUGGCCGAUCUCGCGGAAGUGAUGUUUAACUCCGGCAGUAGUGGAAGUAGCAUGGAUGCCAUUUUUAAUUCAAAGCAGGAACAUUGGAAAGGAUAA